UGUCCGGGCGGCUGGGGGCGUGGCCGCCGCCGUGGCCGCGGCAUGGAGGAGCGCUGAGGCGCCGCGGAGCCGCCAUGGCCAAGAGCCGCGGGCCCGGCUCGCCCGGCGGCCGCCACCACAGCCUGGCCGGGACCCGCGAGAGCCUGGCCGAGCCCGGCGCCGACGAGCUCAGCUCCCUGGGCUCCGACUCCGAGGUCAACGGCGGCGGUCCCGAGGAGCGGCGCGUCGACAAGUUCGGCUUCAUCGUGGGCAGCCGCAGCGCCGAGGGGCCGCUGGAGGAGGUGCCCUUAGAGGUGCUGCGGCAGCGGGAGUCCAAGUGGCUGGAUAUGCUCAACAACUGGGACAAGUGGAUGGCCAAAAAACACAAGAAGAUCCGGCUGCGGUGCCAGAAGGGGAUCCCCCCGUCGCUGCGGGGCCGGGCCUGGCAGUACCUGUCCGGGAGCAAGGUCAAGCUGGAGCAGAAUAUGGGCAAGUUUGAUGAACUGGAUCUCCUCACGGGGGACCCCAAGUGGCUGGAUGUGAUCGAGCGGGAUCUCCACCGCCAGUUUCCCUUCCAUGAGAUGUUUGUCUCGCGUGGAGGCCACGGGCAGCAGGACCUGUUCCGGGUGCUGAAGGCGUACACCCUGUACCGCCCCGAGGAGGGCUACUGCCAGGCCCAGGCCCCCAUCGCCGCCGUCCUGCUCAUGCACAUGCCAGCCGAGCAAGCGUUCUGGUGCCUGGUGCAGAUCUGUGAGAAGUAUCUCCCCGGCUACUACAGCGAGAAGCUGGAGGCCAUUCAGCUGGAUGGGCAGAUCCUCUUCUCGCUGCUGCACAAGGUCUCCCCCGUGGCCUACAAGCACCUGAGCAAGCAGAAGAUCGACCCCAUCCUCUACAUGACCGAGUGGUUCAUGUGCGCCUUCUCCCGCACGCUGCCCUGGAGCUCCGUCCUGCGCGUCUGGGACAUGUUCUUCUGUGAAGGGGUGAAGAUCAUCUUCCGCGUGGGCCUGGUGCUGCUCAAACACACGCUGGGCUCCUCGGACAAGCUCAAGUCCUGCCAAGGCCAGUACGAGACCAUGGAGAGGCUGAGGGCUCUCAGUCCCAAGAUCAUGCAGGAGACCUUCCUGGUGCAGGAGGUCAUCGAGCUGCCGGUGACGGAGCGUCAGAUCGAGCGGGAGCACCUCAUCCAGCUGAAGAAGUGGCGGGAGAUGCACGGGGAGCUGCAGUGCAAGAGCCCCCCGCGCCUGCACGGCGCCAAGGCCAUCAGCGAGGCCGAGCCCCCCCCUCGCAAGGCGCUGGAGCCCGUCCCCUCCAUCAUCGUGUCCCCCGGGCCCGCGCCCGUGCCCAAGGCCCGCAAGAGCAAGGAGAAGAGCAAGGAGAAGAGCCCGGCCGGCCCCGCCAACGGCCCCGGGGCCGAGGGCCAUGGGGCGCCCAGCUCGGCCCCGGAGCUGCUGCACCCCCAGGUCUCCCCCCACCACCAGUCCAAGGAGAGCCUGAGCUCCCGGGAGAGCGAGGACACGUACUUGUAGGGCCAGCACGGCACGCAUGGACCCGGCUGGAGGCCGCUGCUGGGGGCUGCGUGGGGACCCGUGUCCCCCGGCACCAGAGGGAUGGGGACACGCCAGGGUCGCCGUAUGCAGGGGCUGUGGUGACCCACGGGGCCACCUCGGUGCUGGCACCAUGCGCGGUGGGAGCCCUGGCAGGGGUGGCUGAGCCACCCAAGCUCCCUCCCCACAGCUGGGGGAUCCCGGGUGCCCCUUGGUCCCUUUGCCCUGUCCCAGAGCCCCGUGACCCACUGCCCCCAGGGUCCCUCCAUUGCCUCCAUCCCUCUGCCAGCCCCAGGACCAGUUCCUGAGCACUCAUUCCUGGCGCAGGGGCACUGGGGGGGUGUGGGGAGCCGGGGGCACCCCUCACCCUGCUCCUCUUUAUCUAGUGAGGAUAUAUCGAGCUGUAGCCCUACCUGUAGUACCCAAUGUACCUACUCACUUGAGCCUAUUUAUUACUCCUCCGUGGCAGUAACCGUCGCAGGACAGGGACCGAGGUUGGGAGCUGCAGGAGCAGGGGGGUUGAUGCCAGACCACGGGGCUAAAGCCCCUCCCCAUGUCCUCAGCCUCGAGGGCAGCGUUCCGUAUCCCGGGGCUCCCCCCCAGC